AGAGUCGCGAGCGGGCAGUGGUGGCGCGGCGACCCGGAGGCAGCUCUGCUAGAGCGGCGGCGGGACGGAGGCUGGGCUGGGAAGCUGGUGGUGGCGCGGACCUCAGCGCCGACGCCGGGACUCUGCUCACCCCGACACUGAUCUCUGCCUGGCAGAUUAACCAAAGGCAAGGAGGACCAAUCUUGACUCUGUUCUGAUUGCUGGCUUUCACGGACGUCUGUGAUAGACUGGAGGCCCAAGCUCACGGUGCUUCUGCCCUGCUCACCCCAGACGUCUUUCUGGGGUCUACUUGAGGUCAACAGGGUGAAGAUGAGCAGCCUUCUCUUAGCAUGACGACCUUGGACCAUGUCGUUGCUACCCACCAGUCGGAGUGGGUCUCCUUCAGUGAAGAGCCCCUGUUCCCUGCCCCUUCAGAGGGGGCCACAGAAGAACACUUCCCGGGAUCAUCAUCUUCCUCAGACCCGUCUGAGAGCUCCUCCGGGGAGAAUCCUACUGUGGAUGGAGGCUGCCAGGACCUUUCCCACUCUGAGCAGGAUGACUCCUCUGAGAAGAUGGGCCUCAUCUCUGAAGCGACCACCCCUCCCGGGAGCCCAGUGCAGCCCACGCCUGACUUGGCCUCGGCCAUCAGCAACUGGGUCCAGUUUGAAGAUGAUACGCCUUGGAGCAGCACCUCACCACCUCACAAGGAAACCGCCCUCACAUUGACCAUGCCUUGCUGGACCUGCCCUUCCUUCGACUCUUUAAGAAGGUGCCCUUUGACCUCCGAGAGCAGCUGGACCACCCAUUCUGAGGAUACCAGCAGUCCAAGUGUUGCUCCUUCAUACGCGGACCUGCAGCUCCUCAGUGCUGAGGAGCAGGCAAGCGGCCGAGCCUCCAGGACCGACUCCACGGACAAUUCCUCCUCCCUCCAGGAAGAUGAAGAAGUAGAGAUGGAAGCUAUCAGCUGGCAGGCCGGCAGUCCAGCCAUGAAUGGGCACCCUGCCGUCCCACCAGUGACCACUGCCCGUUUCCCCAGCUGGGUCACUUUUGAUGACAAUGAAGUCAGCUGCCCUUUGCCACCGGUCACCUCUCCCGCGAAACCAAAUACGCCAUUGGUUGCAACUCCCACCCCAGAUGCAUCUUACAACCCAACUGGGUCAUUUAAGAGGGACCGUCCCAAGAGCACACUGAUGAACUUCUCCAAAGUUCAGAAGCUGGACAUUUCCUCCUUAAACCGUCCGCCUUCCAUAAUCGAGGCACCGCCCUGGAGGGCCACCAAUCCUUUUCUGAAUGAGACACUGCAGGAUGUACAGCCCUCCCCUAUCAACCCGUUUAGUGCUUUCUUUGAAGAGCAGGAACGGCGCUCCCAACGCAGUUCUGUUUCCACGGGCAAAAGCCAAAGAGAUUCUCUCAUUGUCAUCUACCAGGAAGCCAUCAGUUUUGAUGAUUCGGGCAAAAGCCAGUCCCACCCCGAUGCUAUUGAAAAGCUCAAACAGCUCCAAAUUGAUGACCCCGAUCACGUCGGCACUGCCACCCUGCCUGAUGACGACCCCAUAGCCUGGGUUGAACUAGAUGCUCACUCACCUGCCUCAGCUCUGUCUCAACCCAGGGAUGGAUGGCCAAUGAUGCUGCGAAUCCCCGAGAAGAAAAACAUCAUGUCCUCUAGGCACUGGGGACCAAUCUACAUCAAACUGACAGACAGCGGCUACCUGCAGCUGUAUUACGAGCAGGGCCUGGAAAAACCAUUCCGUGAAUUCAAGCUGGAGAUCUGCCAUGAGGUUUCCGAACCCCGGCUCCAAAACUAUGAUGAGAACGGGAGGAUCCACAGCUUGAGGAUAGACCGAGUCACUUACAAAGAGAAGAAGAAAUACCAGCCCAAACCGGCUGUGGCCCACACAGCCGAGAGGGAGCAGGUGAUUAAACUGGGUACCACCAAUUAUGAUGACUUCCUGAGCUUCAUCCAUGCGGUUCAGGACUGUCUCAUGGAUUUACCGGUGCUCUCCAUGGACUUGAGCACGGUUGGCUUAAACUACCUCGAAGAGGAGAUUACGGUGGAUGUGAGAGACGAAUUCUCUGGCACCGUAAGCAAGGGAGACAACCAGAUCCUCCAGCACCGUGUCUUGACCCGGAUCCACGUCCUGAGUUUUCUGUCUGGGCUCGCCGAAUGCCGCCUGGGCCUCAAUGACAUCCUUAUCAAAGGAAACGAAAUCGUUUCCCGUCAGGACAUCAUGCCCACCACCACCACAAAGUGGAUCAAGCUCCACGAGUGCCGGUUCCACGGGUGUGUGGAUGAGGACGUGUUUACCAAUUCCCGGGUUAUUCUUUUCAACCCUUUGGAUGCGUGCCGGUUUGAGCUAAUGAGGUUUAGGACAGUAUUUGCCGAGAAGACCUUACCCUUCACGCUCAGGACGGCAGCAAGCAUCAACGGGGCAGAGGUAGAGGUGCAGAGCUGGCUGAGGAUGUCGCCUGGCUUCUCAUCUAACCGUGACCCCCUCACUCAGGUUCCCUGUGAGAACGUGAUGGUUCGCUACCCGGUGCCCAGUGAAUGGGUGAAAAACUUCCGCAGGGAAAGUGUUCUAGGGGAAAAGUCUUUGAAAGCCAAAGUGAACCGAGGGGCAAGUUUUGGCUCGGCUGGUGUCUCUGGCUCUGAGCCUGUCAUGAGAGUAACUCUGGGAACUGCCAAGUAUGAGCAUGCCUUCAAUGCCAUUGUGUGGAGGAUAAACCGGCUGCCAGAUAAGAACUCAGCUUCUGGUCACCCACACUGUUUCUUUUGCCACCUCGAACUUGGCUCUGACCGGGAAGUGCCUUCCAAAUUUGCCAAUUAUGUAAAUGUCGAGUUCAGCAUGCCCACGACUUCUGCCUCCAAAGCAGCUGUGAGAUCCAUCUCUGUGGAAGACAAGCCUGGUGUCAGGAAGUGGGUCAAUUACUCUGCCCACUACAGCUACAAGGUGGAGAUUGAACAAAAAAAGAGUUUGAAGCCAGACCUUGAGGCAGAGGAGUUGGACAACCCAAAGGAAUGUGGGGUGCAGUGACAGAGACCUACUGUGUAAGGACCUGAGGAACGCUGACUCACGAGCAGGUGUCUUCCUGAAUACGUCAAGUUUAAGUCAACACCUGCUGUGGCUGCUUCUCGUUGGGGGCAGUCUACCACAGUUUCCUGUGUGCAGUCACCUGUGUGUGACAGGAAAUCCUGUGAGGAGGUCACUUUCAAUAGACUCCUUGACACUGAGCAUGCCUGAAGCACCGGAGUGUAUUGUAUAUUGAACCUCCUUGUCUCUUUUCUGCUUAUAUCAUGACACUGGGGUGUGGUUUAUGGUGACGAUUAGAGACCUGAAGAGAACAUCCAGUGUCAAUCUUGGCACAGUUUGCUCCCAGUAUCCAUCUGUCCCUUGUAGGUUUCUGGAAAAAGCAGUCUGAAAAGUUAAAUCAAGAAUCCAUCUCCAGGGGUCCCUCUGUAAAGGAGUGAGAAGACUUUGAAAACCAUUUCCCCUUUAGGUCUACUAGGCCUUUUCUAGAAAUCUCCAUUCUUUCAAUGCUGAUUUUACUCCACAGAGGUUUGCCAGAUGUUUCUUUUCUAUUCUGGAUUAUUCAAGAUCGAAAUAAUUUUUCUUCAACUCCUACUUUCCCAUUUGCUAUCCUAAGUCAUGAUACCCAGUGGGAGAGGCCAAUCAGAUUUCUUGUUUUCAAAUUCAGGGGUUGGAGCUUAAUUCUACAAAUGGACUGGAUUGGAUUCACGGUCUGUUGAAAAGAACAGAAAGCUGAACUAUUUUUUCUCCAUUUGAAGGAAAUUAUACGUGUAAUUAUAUUCAGUUCAAAGACAGCUUCAGUCAUAAUGAAUUGCCAGGUUCUCACCGAUCACUUCUAAUUCCUGAAAUACAGGCAUGGCUAUGGGAGAGACCCGUGAGAAACACUUGGGAGUUCUUUUUAUACCUCAUAGGCAAUGACUGUUACAUGUCCCUUUAACUCGAAAUUUAAAGAAAACUUAAAAAGUAAAAGCUCAGUUGGAAUGAGCUUUGCCUCAGAUAACAAGGCUGGAGAUCAGUGUUGUGAAAGUACAAACAGGCAGACGCCUCCGGGGUGGGGCUGGAGAAAGCCGGAUUCCUGGUGUCAUGAACAUGAAAACCUGAUUCCGAGAAUCAGAACUUCCCUUUCUAUCCCAUGUUCCCAGCCCACCCACUGUUCCCCCUCCCUGCUUAUUUGUACCUUGGUGUUUUCUCUCUUGAAAGAUAAAGUGAGGAGACAGAAUGCAUAUUUUAUCAGACUUGGGACAUAUAAGGAAAUAUAAAAUACCUGCAGUUUGGGACUGACUGAUUCAAGAUUUAUAUAUUGAGCUCCUGUUUAGUGAGGUUGAUCUAUGCUCUGGCCUUAGACAUUAGAAAUCAUUGCAGUGUUUUAAACUGUGUUGUUUUGUUUUGUUUUCAAGGCAGUCUUUCUCUGUGUAGCCUUGGCUGUUCUAGAAUUCUCUCUGCAGACCAGAUUGGCUUUGAACUCAGAGAUUCAUCUGCCUGUCUCCAGAGUGCAGGGAUGAAAGGCAUGUGCCACCACCUUCCCCAGCUUGAACUAAGUUUUUAACUAUCUAAGCAUUAGAUUGAAAUGAAAAGGACAAGCUGCAUAGGCAUAGACCUAUAUUUUGAGGUUUUAAAAUGCUACCCUUUCAAUUCAGAAGUGUGUGUGUGUGCAUAGAACCCAGGAGGCCGGGUUUUAUAGCAGUUCAUAUAGAAAUGUUUUCAUAAGGAAAUGGGAGGUUAGUUUUGAACCAGGUAUAUAUCAUGGCUAUUCACAAAGCUAAUGCAUUCCACCUGUGGUGGUAGGUGUUUAAAGAACUCUACAUGGUGCAUUCGCCCACACAUGCCUGAAUGGAGGGGUUGCAUCCCGUUAUAGCUACUCUAUUUUAAGGGAAGCAGUAAUAUGUUGAAUGUGUCCACAGGCAGGUAAGCAAAGUUGUGAAGAUGGUGACUCUAUAAGGCACAGGGGAGGGGGUGGGAGUGUCCUCAGGAACAGAGGGUAUAGCUGCGAACGGAGGACGGUUUGGAAAUGAUGUAAUGGCCGCCACAAAGUUUCAACUAAACUAUAAAAAGGAAGAGGAGUUAGAUUUGCUUUGCAUAACUUCAAAGGCAAACAGAAUAGAAACCAAAGAGAACUUUACAGAUGACAGAUGUUUGCUCAAGAUAAGCAUCUUCUAGUAAGGUAGUACUCUAAGGAAGAAAAAGAUUUCCUGCUAUAGCAGAUGCCCGCGGGUUAACUGAGCCACGCCUAUCCCAGGUGCUGUGAACGGGACUGUCACGUUGGUUUGGGGUGAGAUGACAGGAAAGCUCUUUUCCAAAUAGUCUCGAUAGGAACGAGACACUCUAGCUCCAGACAGCAUUUCUCUGUUUUCGUCCUGUGGGAGGACAGUGGGAUCCUCGAAAAGAACUUGGUCAAAGAAUCCCAUGUCGUUUCCUCUGUUGAGCUAAAGGCCUUCAAGAGUUCUCAGAUGUCCAAGCGCUUGAAGCAUGGGCAAGAAGGUCAUCCCUAGCCGGGCGCUGUUAGGGGCCCUGCCUCUGAGGUAGUAUAGAGUGCACAGUACCUCUGCUGUCUUCUCUCCCGCCCCCUCGGUCAAUUCUUCUUGCUUUGGUGCUUCUGGACUGUUUGGAAUUUUGUUGUUUUACCAUUAAUCAAACAUUGGUUGAAAAAAAAUACUCCCCUCUGUGCUAUUUGUAUCUAGUAAGCAAAUUAUCUGAUCUUUAAAAAUCUACUACCUUGGUCACCAAAUUUGUUUUGCCUCCACUGUGCUUAGGGUCAUUCUGGAUAACAGUGUAGGGAGCUGAGGAGUAUGAUAAAAUGUAUUUGAGGAGUUACGAAUAACCUAUAUGAAAACCAUAGUUAGGCAGAUUACCCUUUUGAUAAUCAGAAUGUGUGCUUGCCACAUGGGUCCUCGGUUUUUAUUUUUCCUGUGGUCACACACACAAAAAAAUAUCCUAGUCUGUGUUCUCAAUAAUGAAAAAAUGUAAAAAGAGGAUGGAUUUUGCCAAUGCAGUUCGAACACGCUUGGUGUCACAUGGUUUCAAAAACUUUAUUUUUGAGUCAAGGGCUUGUUUUUCAACUUUACAGUCAAGUAGGAUAAAAAAGAUACUCAUUCUACUAUAUCAAACAAGGGGACUGGCUGUGUAGCUCAGUGGUAGAGAACUUGCCUAGCAAGCACAAGACCCCGGGUUCAACCCCCAGUACCAAAUAAACAAGCAACAAAAAGAGUGGGAGGGAUUUUGAGGACAGACCACCGACACCUGUCUUGUAGACAUAGUGCUGGCUAGUUGUUUCUUUUCAAAAGCCAGCCCUUUGAUCGUAGCCGACUUUUUCUUUUGUUGUUGUUUUGUUUCCUGUUUGCUUCCCCACCUCACUACCUUCCCACAUUUCUGUCCAGGCUUGUCCUCAAGAGUAUUCCUUCAUUUAAAAAGAGUCCUUAUUUGAAAUGAGACUAAUUUCUGCAUAGAAACCUGGCUGGGAUCAGGAAUGUAUGUCCCUAGAAGGUCUACUCCUGAGGAAUGUGGUACAUGAAGACAAAUUAUUGUGGUUAUUACUGAACCACUCUCCUUGUGGUUUAAAGGCCUGCCACAAAGUGUGAGCCCAGCCCCCUUAACUCCUUACAGCUAAGUCAAAUACACUCAUUAAAUGAGCGGAAAUUUUCAGCGCUUUGGCUCUGAGACCGCUUAUCCUUUGCUUAGUUAGCAUCCAGUCCUCACGUUACAGCUAACAAGCAGCAUUUAUUUUCCGGAGGACUUAAACACUUUUAUUUUGCUUUUAUUCCUGCCACUGUGUCAACCAAGUCUCGGGACAGAGGCACUUACUGUAUGGCUGACUCUGACCCACAACAGACCUUAUUCAUAUUGAGAAACAUUUCUGCGCUCUGAGAUGGAGGGGCGCAGGUGUUGGCCACAGUUAGGCUAUCGAUCCAGUUUUAUUGCUGCCAGUCAAACAGACCUGUGAGCCCUGGCCUUGCCCACAAGAGUAAGUAGUGGAAGAUGCAAGUGUCUGAUGGAGCACACAGCCAGUCCUGCUCUGUCAGGUCUUUGUCUUCCCACAUUGACCAGUGCUACUGCACAUACCACGUCCCCACAUGGGAUGGGGAUAUGAGAUGGGAAGGCUGAGGCUUACCAGGUGAAAUCAUGAUUUCAAAAUUUCUACUUUAUAAUCAGUUGGGGGGGGGAGAAAUUGAGCUGACCUUUUUCUAUUUUUCCUUAAAAGUUCAAGGAAUUAAUUGUUAUGAGUUGGAAGCGAUACCAUCCAACCUCCAACCUACUUGUAUAAUUUCUUCUGGUAAAAACUGUUUUUUUGGGUUUUGUUGUUGUUGUUGUUGUUGUUGUUUCGAGACAGGGUUUCUCUGUGGUUUUGGAGCCUGUCCUGGAACUAGCUCUUGUAGACCAGGCUGGUCUCGAACUCACAGAGAUCCGCCUGCCUCUGCCUCCCAAGUGCUGGGAUUAAAGGCGUGCGCCACCACCGCCCGGCUAAAACUGGUAUUUUUUUAAAAAGUGUUUCAAGAUAGGUUUUCCCUGUGUAGUUCUGGCUGUUCUGGAAUUCACUGUGUAGACCAGGCCUGCCUUGAACUCAGAGAGCCCCCUGCCUCUGCCUCCUGAGUGCUGGGAUUAAAGAUGUGUGCCACCACCAGAAAGUUAAUUCUUCUAAGGAUGGUUGAUUUCAGUUAAUCAAUCCUAGCUUGUCUGAAGUUGAGGUUAUGAUUAGAUCAGACUUUGAUAGAGAAUUCAUGAACAGAGCUAACAAAUAUUAAAAAUAGGCCAUCUAGUAAAUGAAUCUUGUGUUAACACUUCUACCAAACUGUGAUAGCAUUUUCUAUAGAAUUAGUCAGUGUAUUGUCACCAUGAUUGUAAUUGAUGUUUUCUAAACAUGACCAGUGUCGAUUUCCCAGUUCCCUACACAUAACCAUGUUUUAUUUAUGCUCUUUGUAAAUGAGAUUGGUUUUGGUAUUAUCAUUUAUAACUGAAGGAAAUACAGAAAGCGGUCUUAAGAGUAGGAACAAAUGCAUGUAUUAGUAAUAGUCCCACGGUCACUCAAGCAAGAACAUGGAAGUUUUAUUUUUCUUCUAGUGUGCCUUAGACAAUUUGCCAAUGAAAGUUCAGUCUUAUACUUUAAGAAUUGGAAGGGGGACUAUGUGUGUGUGUGUGUACAUAUAUUUCACCCUUUCAGUUCUUAAAGUGUGUGUGUGUGUGUGUAUGUGUGUGUAUUGCAAUUCCAAGACCACAAAGGUAAGAAAGUUUCUAUAGUGCUAUGUUCUGCAGAACCUGGAACAAUGCAAAUAAAAACUAGAUGUAAUGAAAAGCUACUAAAGAACAGAGUUGAAGCAUUUAUAGCAUUGGCCACCAAGAUUCAACAUAACCUGAACUGGAGGCUGUUUCUUAAAGUAAGAAGCAGUGGGAAAGAGGGGAACCUAGCAGGACUAGACAACAGAGCUCUUCAGCUCAGCUCAGCUUGUAUCAAGUGCCCUGGCUAAGGGACAAGUGCCCUUGCUAAGGGACAAGUGCCCUGGCUAAGGGACUCCUUGAAGGGAGGAGAGGCUGUACAAUAGGAUGCUAAGGAUUGUUGUUGGUGGCCAUGCAGGGAUGGCUUUGUGAAGGGAAAGUUGGGCUCUGUGGCUGUGCAUAAGCAUGGGGACAGUCACUAUUGCUAACUCACCUGUUAUUUCCCCAACUGGAUGUCAGUUUCCAGAGACAAAAGAGAGAGGGCUGGACUUUCGCUUCUUGGGUUAUUUUUUUUCCAGCUGUGGUUUUAUGGGUUGUUCCACAAAAUGUCCUUUCUUGCCACGUUUUGUUGAUAUUCCUUGUCUGUGAGGUUCUUUAUCCAUGCUUGCGAACCAAGACGUUUAAAACAUGUACGCUGGAGAGGCCAGCUAGCUUUAUCUUUUUCUGCUCAAACCCCUUCCUUUCUUAUCUGUUUAGAUAACAGAACUGCAAGAAAGCCCCCAAUUCUCUGUCCUACGGUUGACUUCAAAAUACCAGUUCAAUACAAAGGUCAAAAGGGCAGUUUCCCAGUGGAUAUUGGGAUGUGAAUACCAGGUGAAACAUAAGUAGAUCUAAGCCUCAAAGUACUGAAGAUAUUAGGAUGUAAGAUGGUCUAGGAUUUAUAGGUACAUCCUUUUAUGUGGAUGGCUAUAGGAGGGAGGGGAGAACAGAAACUAAUCUGGAGCCAUCUGUAGUUACAACAAAGUCAAAUGAAAGAAAAUCAUUGUAAAACAUAUUUAAUUUUUUUAAUGUGGAUCAUUAUAAAAUAACUUUCUGUGGGUGUAUUUGAGCAUGACUUUAAUUUCUCCUCUGGUUAGACUUAGAUACAAUGGGUCAGCGCUAACUGGUCAGGUGGAGUCCCAGCAUCCUCUCCGUCGUUCCCAUGUUCUGCCUCAGACGGAACCCCAGUUCUCACUGUGGACACUAGCCACACUGUGACUGAAGCCUUAAGCGCCACCAUUGCCCACUCCACGUGCUCUACGAUGGGCCAUCCCAGCGCGGCUCCCCGCAGCAAGUUCUGUGAACGCAGAUGUACACUUAGCUCCUUAUUGGAUCUAAGGGUUUUCAAGAACGGCGUGUGAGGAGGACGACGUGAGCCCCUUUCCAGUCCUGCGGGCAUUCUUUUAUCUUUUUUACGUUCACUUGCCAACAGAAACCGGAGAACCCUUUGCCAUAUUCAGAAAGCUAAACGGGAUCAUUGAGAAAAGACGAGGCAGGAGCAUCCCUUCUCGCCCUCCCCCCUUGUGAUGUCCGUGUGAAUUUCAGUGUGUCAGGGUGGUUGAACCCAAGAUCCAGUGAAUGGCUUCGCUGAUCUGAGGCUUGUAUUUCGCUUCAUUUGUCAACUUAUCCUUACUCGGUGUAACUUCUUGCACUAUUGUGGCUAAUUUUAAUGUAAAACCAGUUAACUUUUAAAAGAAUGUGCCUACGUAACAAAGUCUACACACUGGCUAUUCCUGUAGAGGUGAGGUUUUGUUUUCAAUGUUUUGCUGAAUAAUCUGUAAUAUCUUUUUUGAGCUAUGAAAAGGAAGUAUUAAUAAAAAAUUUUUAGGC